UAGCUCUUCCGAAACAUAUUUGAAAAUUUCCAUGUAUGUUCAGUGAUAAAUGUCUGCGCCCACUCAUCAGACUCGUCGAUGUCGUCACUACGAUUAAGAUAAAGAGUAGAUGCCAUGCAAUUUUUCUACUCUUAUAGCCAAAACACUAAACUAGCCAAAACGCUGCUUAAACUGGUUUGUAAAACACACAUGGGAAAAUGCCAAUGUUAAAAACAUGUUAACCGGGCCAGGGUUUUAACUACUGAGUCAACUCACUCGAUAAUUUGCCGGGAAAAUUAUCGACUGGCGCAACAUCUUGUAAGGCAACUUCGACAAUACGCGCACUUCUAAUGACUACUGGUGGUUAUCGAAUCUGUGAAGAAGAUCGUCGAAAUAUCCACAGCAAAGAUCUUUGUGGUAUCUGCAGCAACGUCUUAAAGACUGCGAUCCAGACGCAAUGUGGACAUCGUUAUUGCCUUGACUGCUUGGAAGAAGAGUUUAAUAAGCAUAAUGGCGAAAUAAAGUGUAAAAUCUGCGGAGAAGCGCUCACAAGAGCUAAGAUAUUCAGAGACAAGUUCGCGGACCGUGAGAUACAGACUCUCAUUUUGUUCUGUAUUAACUGUAUUAUUGGGUGUAAAUGGAGAGGACAAUUAAGACAUCGACAGGAGCAUCAUAAAACCUGCAAGUUUAUUCCUCURCCCUGCGUAAAUCGUGGAUGUGAGAAAAAAGUCACAAAGGAAACUCUACCGCACCAUCUGCAGAAUGAGUGUCUGUUUAGAGAGGUCUUGUGUUCGUACUGCGAACAACCUGUGAUAUUCAGUAAGAUAAAGGAACACGAAGAUUUCUGUCCGAAUUUCCUCGCAACAUGUGAAUUUUGUAAGAAGGACUUUCCCCGUGAACUGUUGAUUAAGCACAAAGACCCUAAUGGUGUCGACAUAUGCGAAAAGCUUGUUACAUUGUGUCCAUUCAAAGCUGUAGGAUGCAAGGAGUCCAAGGCAAUGACCCACAAUGAACGUCUCAAACAUCAACACGAAAACAUUGAAAGCCACCUCAAUCUCAUGCUUAUCAAGAUACAGAAUUUGUUACCAUAUCUAGAAGAUCUGUUGUCAGAAAGUCAAAAUGGCAGAAAGUCAAAACUGUCCGAGAUUGUGCGAUCAAUGUGUGAUCAGACCCUCGCUCAAGUUACGGUGAUUUAUGAUGARUUGAAAGAAAGGAUAGCGAACUUGGAAAAGAAAGGUGMAAYGUCGUCAGGACAGAAUGUGCAAAUUACACCAGAAAUCACUCGUCGAAUGGAUGCUGCGGAUGCCAAGAAUGCAGAUCACGAAUUUCUGYUAAACGAAGCWCACACAACGAUCGCAGAACUUCGUCAAGAACUCACAAAGACGAACGUUAAACUGGAAAAAGCGGAGGAAUUGAUAAAAAAGAUGGAACGUCGUUUGGAAGAGCAAGAAAACGUUGCAGGAAUACGAAAUUUGGCUGUGGCUGAUCUUGAAGAGAAGAUGAACGGUGUUGUUAAUAACAGUACUGACGGUAUCUUGGUCUGGAAGAUCGAUCAGGUGGCACGAAAACGUGCUGAUGCAACAAGUGGACGACAAGUCUCGUUCUACAGCCCGCCAUUCUACACAGACCCUCAUGGGUACAAGAUGUGUGCUCGUAUCUACUUGAAUGGUGAUGGAAUGGGUAAAGGUACCCACAUCAGCUUGUUCUUUGUGAUCAUGCGUGGAGAGUACGACCCUCUGUUAAAAUGGCCGUUUAGACAAAAGGUUACAAUGAUGCUGUUGGAUCAAGACAAUGAAGAACACGUGAUUGAUGCCUUCAGGCCGGACCCAAGUAGCAGCUCAUUCCAGAAACCGAGGGGAGCCAUGAACAUCGCAUCGGGAUGCCCGAUGUUUUGUCCGCACAGCGAGUUACAAAGGCACGCCUAUAUACGGGAUGACGUGAUGUUCAUUAAGAUCAUUGUGGAUCGUCCUGACUGGAAAUGAUACGCAGAAUCCCUGGAAAAAAGGCUGAAGCAACAAGCAGUCUCCUCACGGAAGGUUCUUUCAAAAACACAAACAACAGCUCGGCAACAUCUUCUAAUGGCACAAACGCGAACACAAAGUCCCGAAUGAACUGCUAUUAAAUAAGACAAAACAUGAAGCGAUUUCAUUUCAGUUGACUGCUGCAGUAUAMUGCUUCCUUAGACAACUACAAGCACGUUUGAAAUUUAUAGGAUAACACUCCACCCUAUUAAAAAUAUUUAUUACAACUAAAUCAGUUAAAUAGAGUUUCUAUUUAUAAUAGUUUUAUAUAAGUUCAUUUUUCAUAUAUAGAAAACGUUUGUUGUUGUUGAACACAGUGAGCCUCUCUUCAUCAUAGAGCAUUAUUCCUGUUAGGUUUUUGUUUUCUCCURUGUCUGGCUUGAAUAAAUGUAAAAAAACCUCAA